CUGGCCCUGGCGGAAGCGGCUGUGGUACCGGCCACUUUUUUUUUUAUCAGGAGCUAGACGCGAUAUACGAACACAACCCUCAGUAUUAUGCCUGUUGUUAGUGUGCAAGGGUAGAAUAUGAACGGCUUGACCAAAAUCGGCUGAUGGGACUAUCUGUCUGUAAACGUCAUGAGGUCGAAGAUGGGCGCAGCUUAGGGAGAGGAGGGAGGGACCCUUCCGCUGCUAGCCUGCCCAGCGAGCUUUACCAACUCCUAGACUCACCUUCAGCAGCAUCCUCAAGAAGUAGUUGUCCUUUAAAGGGUGGGUCACCAGAAAAUGUGAUAGAAGACCCUAUUCGAAGAACAAAGCUGUGAAUUGAAACUGGACACAGAAGUGGGAACUUGAUCUUGGCACUUUUCGAUAAAGCAUUGAUCUAUUUAUUUCAUGUGUUCAACUCAAUCUUCUAGUUCAGAAGUGUUGAGCCAGAGUAGUUGGCCCCCUUUUUGUUUUUAUUUUUUAUUUCUACCUUUUUUUCCUUUUGUAAAGAAAUGCUUUACCUGAAAAAGUACUUCACAGAGGGCCUGAUUCAGUUCACCAUCCUCCUGAGUCUCAUUGGGGUCCGGGUGGACUUUGACACCUAUCUGAGCAACCAGCUCCCCCCGCUCAGAGAGAUCAUCCUGGGCCCAAGCUCAGCCUACACUCCCACACAGUUCCACAACCUGCGCAACACGCUGGAUGGCUAUGGCAUACACCCUAAAAGUGUGGACCUCGAUCACUUCUUCACAACUCGGCGUUUGCUGAACCAGGUGCGGCAGCUGGAUCGUCUCUCUGUGCCCAGUACAGAGCUGAACACUUGGCUAGUGCAUCGGGACUCAGAAACAGUUGUGUCCGCCAGUAGCCAAUCCAGCCCCAGCAUCACCCUGGACAAUGGGGCCGACAUAGAGGACAUUAACAACCUUGACGCUACCCCGGCCAUGAGGGCAGGAAGCGGAGCAUCUGAAUCAACGUACAACCUGAACGUAGCAGACAGCAGCCUGGGAGCGGUGGCUCCAGACGGAACGCAGGAGCCAAGCAGCAGAGAUGGCAAUGAUGAUCUUUCCAAAGAGGAUAUUGACUUGAUAGAUAUAUUAUGGCGACAGGACAUCGACCUUGGAGCUGGAAGAGAAGUGUUCAACUACAGCAACCGUCAGAAAGAGAAUGAGGAGGAGGAGGAGGAGAAGCCCAAGGCACAGGAGAACAAGGAGGGAAACGAGGAGCCGGAGAGCUGGAGAAACGGCGUGAACCUUCUGGGAGGCCAGCCAGUAGAUGGCGAGACUGGAGAGAGCAUUCCAGAACAGCUGCCAGCUCUUGGCUCACAGACCUCGCUGUCCCUACAAGAAUGUUUGAGACUUCUGGAAGCUACGUUUCCAUUUGGGGAGGAAUCUGAGUUCCCAGCUCGGGUUUUGGCUCCAGUGUCUGUGGAGGAAGCUCCUUCUACAUCUCAGGGUCUCUCUCUCGCACCACAACUGUCUGUGGUCGAGCCACAGCUGGACCUGGAGCAGCAGUGGCAGGACAUUAUGGCCAUCAUGGAGCUACAAGUGAGUGCAAUGGAGGUGAAUACGUCGCUCCACAUGUCAACGAGCAGCAACACAAGUCAGACGACUGAUGCAAACUCAGCAGGAAGUUUUGGGCUCUCUCCUCACUCUGCAUCAAUCAACCAGAACGUCAGCUUUCACCAGGCUUCACUGCCAAGCUGCAGCCAGAAUGUGCCGCAAGUGUUUCAGACACAGGUGGAUUCGAUUAGCUCUCCUGCGCGACCCUCCAUGCUCCGAGUCUCCUCCAGCAACUCUACCAACAUAAACUCCACAUUUGGAGCCACCAACCUGACUGGGAUCUUCCUACCCCCACCUAUGAACAGUUCCAGCAGCAACAUCACCACAGCUGUCACCAACCCGUCUAUCUUGCAAGACCCCUUCAGCACACUGCUGGAGGAGUCCAUGCUGGACGAGAUCAGCUUACUGGAUCUUGCCAUGGAGGAGGGCUUCAGCCAGGCCCAGGCUUCCCAACUAGAGGAUGAACUUGAUUCCGAUUCUGGCUUGUCCCUAGACUCCAGCCACAGUCCUGCAUCUCCAAGCAGUUCUGAGACCUCCUGCUCUUCUGCUGCCUCCUCCUCAUCAACUUCUGCCACGUUUUCAGAGGAAGGUGCCGUCGGCUAUAGCACAGACUCUGAAGUCACCAAUGCAGAGCCAGAGGAAGGAGCUGUUGGUGGUUAUCAGCCUGGCUUCAGCAAACUCUGCAGGAUGAGCUAUCAGGACCCAUCCCAGUUCCACAACCUCCCUCAGCUCGAGGGCAUCAGCCACAAUCACACGUACAACCUGCCACUUUCCUCUGCUUUCACUGAGCACCCAGAGCUCCCCGGCAAGAAGAACGUUCGAGACAAGAGCUCAAAGUUUCUGCCUCCACAGGACUUCAUAGACAAGCACUCUAGUCGUGACGAACGUCGUGCCCGUGCCAUGAAAAUACCCUUCUCCAACGACAAGAUCAUCAACCUGCCCGUGGAAGAGUUCAACGAGCUUUUGGCCAAACACCACCUGAGUGAAGCCCAGCUGGCUCUGAUCCGCGACAUCCGCAGACGCGGCAAGAACAAGAUGGCAGCUCAGAACUGCCGCAAACGCAAGCUCGAUACCAUCAUCAACCUGGAGCAGGGAGUUCAGGACCUGAGACGCGACAAGGCCCGUUUGCUGAAGGAGAAAGUGGAGUUCAUUCGCUCCAUCCGACAGAUGAAGCAGAAGAUGCAAAGUCUGUACCAGGAAGUGUUCACUCAGCUUCGGGACGAGGAGGGCCGGCCCUAUCCACCCAGCGAGUACUCUCUUCAGUACAGUAAUGAUGGUAGUGUGCUCAUCAUGCCACGGCGCAUUUCCACUGCGGAGCAGAACAGGAAAACGGAGAAGAAACAGAAAGACAAAAAGAAGUGAAACUGCACUUUUCUUUUUAAAUUGGAGAGUUACUUGCAGAUGCCACAGGGAUGCCCCUUAUUUUCCUUUCAGAAGAUUCUGGCGGUUAGAAAACUGGCAGUCGACAUCUCUUCCUGCAUUUUCCGCACUUUUCAUUCUGUUUCAAUGUUUAUUUUCUGAGAAACAACUUUGAUGCAGAAGUAGCUCCCCGUUCGAAUGCUAAUAUUUCAUCAUUUAACUGGGAAAGACGAGGACAACAAAUGAUCUUAGGAUUGUUUUGUCUGGUCGAAUGGGGGGUGGUGAGAACCUAUGCACCUAUUUUGAAGGACCUUCAGAACACGGCACGCCCCAGAGACUUUUGUGAUUCAUGGAGUCACUGAAGAAGAUCGGAGAGAAAAAGGGAGAGGUCAUCUGGAUUCUAUUCAAACCUGACAUCACCAAAGGUUUUUGUGGGACUUCACAUGUUCAUUUCAAUGAGCUGAAAUGUUCUUGACUCUCAGUGAUAUCCAGUCAUGAGUCGAUCUGCGGGUGUAGGUGCAAAGGGCCCAGAUGGUGGCCUGUCAGAUGGAGAGCGAGGUGUUCCCAGGCCAUCCUGGAAGAGUCUGCAAAAGGAGCAGGUGGACACUCUGGGUAGUAGGCACAUGGGGUUGCAAAAUGUAUCCACUUCCUUAUCAAUUAUACAUAGCCGUGUAAUUUGUCUUUAAAGAAGCUUGGCUUUGCGCAUUUUGCUGUGUCUGUUGCUCUUUAAAUGCAGGGGCUGCAUUUAGGGACAGCUCUGAUGAACUACCGUGUACACAAGGUUGGAGCUUUACGUUUGGAAGCCAUGUUUGCAUUCUGGUUUGCAAACGGUCGCAAAGAUCUAACAAACACAGGAGAGAACAUCUGAUACUCUCCCAAAUUGUACUGGCCACCUGAACAAUUUCUUCCUCUAAAUUCCCAAUAUGGUAGAUUCGGAAAGGAGGAGACCUUUGAGUGAAGAAAUUAAACUGAAGUGGAGAGGAAACGUAAGUUGGGAGCAUUUUACAUGCAGUGGUUCCAAGUAAGUGACAUGUGUGGUUGGAGUACAUCAAGCCGUGGUGGCAUGUCGUCUCAGGCAGUAGCCCAGCUCUCACUUUCACGUACCCCGUUGUAUGGGCAGUGGUUUUCCUUCUUUGAUAUGCCCAGUUUGCCAUAUUUCAUGUGCGAUGGGUGCGUACCCCACUAUGUCAGCUUCUCCAUUAGCAUAGAAACUGUGGAUGAUUAUGGCUGCAAAUAUCUAGUACUGAAUUGAAGUGUGGAUGUUGGAGAGAGGAAGUGGGGUCAAUAAGCAAGGAAGCUAAGGAAACAAAGUCUGAUGGUACUUCCCACUGAGAAGACAAAGAACAUGGUGUGAGAGUCAUUAUACCUGUCCUGAUCCGGACUUGCUGCCAUGUCUCUUCGAUAAAUUCUUAGGAAAUUUUUUUUGGCUGAGAACGUGAUAUUAUCAAAAAAAGUCUGACUGCAGUGAUAUUCCUUCCUUCAAACUACUACCAAUCAAGGCAACAAAGUGCAGCUUCAGUCUGCGAUUGAAGAGGUUGCCUCAUUCUGAUUUUUGUUUUGGACCUUGUGCUUCAUAAAUGACGUGAUUUGCCAUUUUCAGCCAGCUGCAAGCAGCUCAAUACAUUAUACUGCUGUAACGCCAAACCACCGACCUGAUCGUUCACGGGUUUGUUUGUUUUCUGUUGUGCUUCACGACAGAGUGAGUUGAUCGUCCGUGCAGAAUGUGUGAAAUGUCUCGUGGCCACUAUGGACUUUGAAUGCCUUUACUUCAUUGUCUUCACUUUUGAGAGUUUUUUGGGCAAAGUCCCCAAAGUAGAAGUGCUAUUACUCGUCGGUUUGAAUGGAGCUCGUCGGCACAUGUGCGACAACUGUCAUUAAGAAGAGUGAGUAGGUCAGUCGAUGCAGCUAUGUUAGCAGUCGGGCUAGAACCUGACUUUUUAAGCCACUUUACAAUACUGAUGUCCGAGAAGUCAUUUUAAAAGAACUGUCCUCAUUAAAUGUGAUAUUCAGGCAUGACACCGGUCAACAUUUACAUUGUAACCCAGUUAGACUAUUUAGGACUGCUACUACGUUUUGUUUUCUUUUUUUGGUCUGUCUUGUUCUGUAAAUAUUUGUGUUUGUCCUACUGUCUCCAUCUACUGUAUCACUAUUUGCUUUCAGUUUGGAUGUAGUUCCCACUGUCUCCAGGAAUUUGCUGGCAAUCAGAUUUCAAGUUAAUUAAUAAAGCGUUCUUAUUUUCA